GCUAACGCUGGUGUGAACGGGAAGCUCCGGGCCGGGCGGACUAACUGGAGCACCGGACGCUGCAGCCGGUUGGGCCAGUGCCCUUUCCCGGUAAUUCUUUCCCGGCGUGACGCGCGGAGCCGCCCAUGCGGCGGGGCCGGGCAAGCUCAGAGAUCUCCCGUUAGUUUCUUUUCGUUCCCAGUCCCCGCUGGGCCCGGGGAGGGGAACCGGGAGCCGACAGGGCCCGGGCCAGGGCUUUCAGGGGCGGCGGGGGAGGGUGUCGCCUCCUAGAAGGUGGCGAUCCGCGGCGGGACUCAGAUCCGGAGCGUGUCCCCGAGAGCCUCUACCUGGGCAGGGGGUGCUGUCCCGAAGGCGGCAGCCUACCUGUUGGGCAGGUUGUCACCCGCUCUGAGGCUGGCACCGUGGAGCUGGAAACUGUCAGCAAAAGAACUUCACAACCACCACCAUCACCGCUAACUAGAAGGGACUGACACAGUGAACGCACUGCACGAGAGAAGUAAUACGACCGCUGUGACGGUGGAUUCCCUCUCUGGAAAGGAAGAGAAAUGGAAGUGAAAAAGUUGAGCAUUUCCUGGCAAUUCUUGAUAGUUCUGGUUCUGAUCCUGCAAAUUCUGUCUGCGUUGGAUUUUGACCCAUACAGAGUCCUAGGGGUCAGCCGAACAGCCAGUCAGGCUGAUAUUAAAAAGGCUUAUAAGAAGCUCGCCCGGGAAUGGCAUCCUGACAAAAACAGAGAUCCUGGGGCAGCAGACAAGUUCAUCCAGAUCAGCAAGGCUUACGAGAUUCUUUCCAAUGAAGAAAAGAGAUCCAAUUAUGAUCACUAUGGUGAAGCUGGAGAGAACCAGGGCUACGAGCAGCAGCAGCGAGAGUAUCGCUUCCGCCAUUUCCAUGAAAAUUUCUAUUUCGAUGAAUCUUUCUUUCACUUCCCUUUCAAUUCGGAGCGACGGGACUCAAUUGACGAGAAGUACUUACUACACUUCUCCCACUACGUGAACGAAGUGGUCCCAGACAGCUUCAAGAAGCCCUACCUCAUUAAGAUCACCUCGGACUGGUGCUUCAGCUGUAUCCACAUCGAGCCCAUUUGGAAAGAAGUGGUUCAAGAACUGGAAGGAUUGGGUGUGGGCAUCGGCGUGGUCCACGCAGGGUAUGAGCGGCGCCUGGCCCACCACCUGGGGGCGCACAGCACACCCUCCAUCCUGGGCAUCGUAAACGGCAAGGUGUCCUUCUUCCACAACGCGGUGGUCCGCGAGAACCUGCGGCAGUUUGUGGAAAGCCUGCUUCCCGGGAACUUGGUGGAGAAGGUUACAAAUAAAAACUACGUCCGAUUCCUCUCUGGCUGGCAGCAAGAGAAUAAGCCUCGCGUCCUUCUCUUUGACCAGGGACCCUCUGUGCCGCUGCUCUACAAGUUGACUGCGUUUGCGUACAAAGAUUACCUGUCGUUCGGCUACGUGUAUGUCGGGGUAAGAGGGGCGGAGGAGAUGACGAGGAAGUUCAACAUCAACGUGUACGUGUCCACCAUCCUGGUCUUCAAGGAGCACAUCAACAAGCCGGCCGACGUGCUGCAGGCUCGAGGUCUGAAGAAGCAGGUGGUGGACGACUUUAUCACCCAGAACAAGUACCUGCUAGCGGCCAGGCUCACCAGCCAGAAGCUGUUCCACGAACUCUGCCCUGUGAAGCGGUCUCACCGCCAGAGGAAGUACUGCGUGGUCUUACUGACUCCCGAGGCCACCAAGCUGAGCAAACCCUUCGAGGCCUUCCUGUCCUUUGCCCUGGCCAACACGCAGGACACGGUGAGGUUCACGCAUGUCUAUAGCAGCCGGCAGCAGGAGUUUGCCAGCACCCUGCUACCACACAGCGAGGCGUUUCAAGGGAAAUCAGCGGUGUCUAUCUUAGAAAGGCGCAACACGGCAGGCAGAGUGGUGUACAGAACCCUGGAGGACCCCUGGACCGGCAGCGAGGGUGAUAAGUUCGUCCUCCUGGGCUUCCUCGACCAGCUGCGGAAGGACCCAGGCCUGCUGGUGUCCGAGGCCGUGCUGCCCGACCUGACGGAUGAGCUUGCCCCUGUCUUUCUCCUCCGAUGGCUCUACUCAGCUUCCGAGUACCUCUCCGACUGCUGGGAGACCAUGCUUCACAAUAACUGGCGGGAAAUGAUGCCCCUGCUGUCCCUGAUCUUCUCCGCCCUCUUCAUCCUCUUCGGUACCGUCAUCGUCCAGGCUUUCAGUGACUCCAACGAUGAGCGAGAGUCACACCCUCCAGAGAAAGAAGAGGUCCCUGAGAAGGCCGGAAAGACUGAACCGAGCUUCACCAAAGAAAGCAGCAGCAAGAUUCCUAAGAAAGGCUUUGUGGAGGUCACCGAGCUCACAGACGUGACGUACACCAGCAACCUGGUCCGCCUGAGGCCGGGCCACAUGAACGUGGUCCUCAUCCUGUCCAACUCCACCAGGUCUGUCCUGCUGCAGAAAUUUGCUUUCGAGGUCUACACGUUCACUGGAAGCAGCUGCCUGCACUUCUCCUUCCUGAGCCUGGACAAGCACCGGGAGUGGCUGGAGUACCUCCUCGAGUUUGCGCAGGACGCAGCCCCCAUCCCAAACCAGUACGACAAGCAUUUCAUGGAGCGGGACUACACUGGCUACGUACUGGCGCUGAACGGCCACAAGAAGUACUUCUGCCUCUUCAAGCCCCAAAAAACAGUGGAAGAGGAAGAGGCCAUGGGGUCCUGCGGCGACCUGGACGCCUCCCUGCACCUGGGCGAGGCUCGGGGGAAGCCCUCGGGCGGCCCGGGGCCCAGGCCCGUCAAAGGCAAGCUGAGCAAGCUGUCGCUGUGGAUGGAGCGCCUGCUGGAGGGGUCCUUACAGAGGUUCUACAUCCCCUCAUGGCCAGAGCUGGACUGAGCGCCUCCAAAAGAGCUGUGAGCUCUUCAGGUUUUUAACUGGUCCCCAGAACAGGUGUUUUCAGGACUCAACUCUCACAAUGAACAGAGCAUAGGUUUUAGAUCACUCCUGCAGCACAGUGGCAGGAAGACUGUCUCCUCUGUCCUGGCAGUGAACCACACCGCAGGCUGGAUGUCCCUAGAUCAAAAUAUUUCUUUUUCCUCUGGGUUUUGUUUUUUUUUGGUUUUUUUUUUUCUGGUUUUUGUUUCUGUCCUCAUUUGAAUGCCGCACUGUUUAAAUAGAUUGCUCAUUCCCUC